AUGAGAAAGAUCUGGUCUCUGAGAAGAGACAAGGAUAGAGAUAGAGAAGGAGACAAGGAAAAGCGUAAGAGCUUCACCGGUAUCAAUUCCUUAUACUAUGCCCCCAGCAAUCAAACGGCGGUUACUAGUCGAGAUUCGGUUGAAUUUGAUCCCAGCUUGUACUCCCAGCAAUCCCACCAACCAAUCCCUUCUAAACAAGACUUCCACGAUGACGCCACGUUUGCCCAUAGUGUCCAGGAAUCUGGUCUCACUGCCAACACCGCCGUGUCCACCGCCGUAUCUGCCUCCACCUCCACCACCAAGCUCUCAUCUCACACGGAUAGUGCUCUUUCACUCCCAUCACCAAAGGCUCCCAAGUCGAUUCUGGGCUUGGUCAAGUACGACUACGAUGCGCACCUUGUCAAAAACUCCUGGGUCAAUGUCGUGGUCAAUACCUCUGUUAACGACGUGGACGACCAGUCAUUACGGUUAUAUCGAGCAGAGUUGAAAGGUUCCCAUUUGUACCUCUACAAGCUGAACUUGAACUACCGCAGCUUCAAGUCGGAUGAUUAUCGAAUAACCUUCUUUGAAACGGCAGUUCCUCAUCCUGAUUUAAGGUUCAGCUUCGACACUUAUUCAUUCCAGCCUGAUUGUACCAUUGAGUCGCUUUUACACUUUGUCCUCUUUCUGAACGAUGACAACUUUCAGAGUACCGUUCACCAGGCAAUCACGAUAUUACCUUUAUUUCCCGACUUUGGCAAGACUUUGCGGCUACUAAACCUUAUCUUGACCAACUUGUUUGGGGAUAAGUUCCUGGGCAAAUAUGACCUAUCAGUGGCUUUUGACAGGAUUUUGCAGCUCUUAAACAAUGUCGACAACAAUCUUCAGGGGUUUCUUUUGAAAUCUGAUAUUGCUCCGUAUAUCUUGAGGCUUUUGGAGAUUUUGUCAGAUAAGUUGUCGCCUUCAAGUGAAGAUUCCGAGGAGUACUCCGGCUUCUUGAGCCAGUUGACGACUUUCAAGUCCAGCAUGUUGCUUCACCAACAAAACUUGAUCCACUUGAUCUCCAAUGAUAAUGACAAAGCCCCUGAAUCCAAUCCGUUCCAAGACUUGAACGCAAGUUACUUUUUGAACCACGUAAAAUUGAUCGAUUUCGCUACUACAGUCAAUGCUAUUGAUUUGAAAUUCUACAAGGAUUGGAACUCCAAUAUCGAUAAAUCGUUGUUGUUGUACUCGACUAUAAACCAAACCAAUCAAUCUGGUUCUGUUGAUAUCUUUUACAGGAGAAACUCAUUGUUUUUUAACAACGAGUUCCACAUUCACUUUUUAUCGAGGUUGUUUAUCAACCAGAUGUUUCUUGAAACGAAUAUCACUGGAAUGAACUCUUCUACUUCAUUGUUGGAGUUUAAAGCCAGGCUUUUGGAAAAGUGGAUCGAUUUAGGUUGUCUUUUGGACAAGUCCGGUAAUAUGUCUUCGUGGUUGGGUAUAGCUUCGAUUAUUUUAUCCCAGCCUAUUUUGAGGUUGAACAAAAUAUGGUCUUUCGUUUCCCUCGAUUAUAUCAAGCUCCUUAAAAACGAUUGGUCCCCUGUGCUUUUUGAAUUGGAUAGGAGAUUCUUGGUUAAUGGAAUCAAUGCUUCUACUCCCAAUUCACCAAAUCAACAGAAAUCUUCUGAAGAGAAUUCUACCGAUCCACUGCCUAGAGAUUCUUACCACAUAAUGGCUCCUAGAGGGUUAGGUAAGGUAUAUGCAAAAGAAAAUGUUGUGCCAUACUUUGGGGACUUAUUAUUAAACAACUUGGUUAUCAACAAUAUUAAUGAAUUGGAUUCCAUCUAUAAGAAAAUCAACUAUUCUUUCAACAGGUGGAGUGAGUACUCCAAAAACUUGACAAACUACGACGAUAUCAUAAAGUAUAAUGAUGACGUAUUAAAGCGUUAUGACUCAAUGGGAUUCAUCUUUUCGAAUGAGAGUUUGAACCAAGUAUUGUAUCUUGGUGUUAAUGAGGACUCCAAAUCUUUACCGCCUACUUUUGAAAUUCCGAAAGAUAAUGAGAAAGGUGAUCAUGGUUUGAAUUAUAAUGUCACUACCAAUCCAGUCUUACAAAGUCAAUUGCUUAAGUUGAUUGACUUAAAUUCGAAUUCAGAGUCCUUCAAUCUAGAGAAAUUGAUGCUUUUGUCGUUAACUUUUCAACCUGAAUUGCCAGAGUCUUAUCUCAGAUCCAAUCAUCCAGUCUACAAAAACUUCCAUGCCACCCAUUCAAAUAUUUCUGUGAACUCUAACGAUUCAUUGGCAUCUUUGAAAGUUGAAGGCUCUAUGAAUGUACAUGACCCGACCUCAAGAUUACCCACCUUCAAUAAUAAUCAUUUCAAAUUCAAUUUAAUCAAAUAUGAUGAUUUGACUAAUGAUUCGGGGAUCUCGAAUCAAUUUCAUCUGGAAUCUAAUGAUUCCAAGCAUAAAAUCAAGGUCGGUAAUGAUUUGACGUUCAGGAUUGAUGAUUUUGUUACAGAUUUAGAUAAUCAAACAAAUUCAACCCUUAACCCAUUGGAUGAAGUUGGCAAUGAAGAUGAUGACGAUGAAGUCACAGGUUUAGGAAUUGAUGUUGAUGAUAUUUUGAAUUCAGACAAAUUCAAUAACUUCUUGAUGAGUAAUGAUCCUUCAUCCUCUGAGUCUGAUCAAGUUAAUAGCUCGAAGAAAACGAGCACUAACCUUUUAAGUCAUCCAACAAACAGUUUUAGUGUCAUCUCAUCUGAUUCAAGCCAAUUACACAUUUACAAGUACAUUCCUAAAUUAUCAACCAUUGAAAAGCUUAUCGACUUGUUGAUUAUUGAUACCAAAUAUUUGGAUGAAUCUAUAAGUAUCGACUUGUCAGAGUACAGAUACGUAUUCUUGUUGAACUAUAAUUCCUACAUAACCACCAGAGAAUUGUUGGACAAAUUGGCCUAUAGAUUUAUCAACUCCGGUAAUGCAGUUAUUUCGAUAAUGAAGAAGUUGCAUGCUAUGAAAACAAAUCAGUCACAAGAUAAGCAGUCAGAUGAAGACUUUCCAAACUGGAAUUUGGAUAAUUCUGUUGAUUUGACUGAAUUGGGUGAAGUUGACUAUUCGGUUUUAUUGAAGAUUCAGAUUAAUAUUUUGAAGGUUUUGGUGUUAUUAAUUAACAACUUCUACUCUAACUUCUCAAUGGAUUUGAUGAAUAAGAAGAUUCUUAUAAAGCUCCUCAAGUUGUUCAGCAAUGAAAUACUUCAAUGGUAUAACUCCAAUAAAAUUGAUUCAGAAUUGGAAAAGUCAUUCGAGAGUUUGGUGAAUUACUACAAGAAAUUGAAGAAAUUGUUUGUAAAAAAGACUUACAGACCAAUUGAGCUUGACAAAUUUCAUCAGUUCUUAGUGAACGACUUCAAAUUCAACAAUUCUUUACAUGAAGUGCCUAUGAAUAGAAACUUACCUGGACACAAAAACAUUCAAAAGAUUGAAAAGUUUUUACACAAGUUCAAUAAACUUUUGUCGAUUUUCUACAAAGGUAUCAAGAUUGAAGAUUGGGUUAAAGUUUACAAAAUCAUGGAAAUUGAGUUUGAAAAGAAUAAUUUAAUGGAAUUCAAACUUCAGAAGAAUGAAACCGUUGAUGAAAACCUUGUUAUCUCAAACAUUUUCAACUAUUUUGACUCAUUGAAUGACCCAAAUGAAAAAUUGUUGAUUUUGAAGAAGUUCCCAUUAGUGUUUAGAAAGUUGUUCAAGUUGUACAACAAAUUCAAAACCUACAUCUUAAUCCAAUUAACUGACUUGAAUAUCACAGUUGAUGAAAGAUUGGACAGAAUGAAGACUUUAUUGUAUAUGGUGAAGCUCUGCCAAUUGAAGAUGCUGAGCACACAGUUUGUUUUUGAAAGCAGACAUAAAGGACCAAUUCCUUCUUGUAUUGAGUCGUCCAUAACCAAUGUUAUCUACUCACCUGAGAGCAGAUUAUUCACUAAUUUGUGGAUCAAGGCUUCUAUUGCUUUGAAUGGUGAAGACUUUGUUGAAACCUCAACCAGCUUUGAUGAUUUGAACAGCUUGUUACCUAAACAUAUCACUAUUAAAGACUUGGCUAUACAUCAUGAGUUUUUAUUACCAUGCUUCGGUUGGAUUAUUGAGAACAUGGUUGAGAUGAAUAGAAUUCCUAACUUCACUGCUAAAAGUCAAAUCAAUUUCAAUAAGAGAUACUUUAUUUACAAGGUACUUAAGGAAUUGACAAUUGAAGAUGUUGAUUUAGAUGAAUUUAACCACAAUGAAACCAGAGAGUUUGAGUUUUUGUUGAAGUUAGAUGAGAACUUGAUCAAUGACAAGAACAUUAAGGAAUUCACAUUCUUGGAGAAAGACCGUGCUAAGUUGUUUAAGGCAGUUUUGAAAGAGCAGCACAAAGUAUUGCUUAUAGAUAACCGCAAGAAGCACCUCAAGGACGGAAACGUAUCAACAUCUUCCUUACACAGUACAAGCUCUCAGAGUUCUGUUAAUGGCCUGUUACACAAAAAGUCUUCAAAUCCUGGAUUGAGGAGACAAUCUUUAUCAUACAAGCAACUGAAUUCAGGUUCAAGGUUCAAAAUUUCCGGAUUUUUCACAAAAUCAAGGCCAUUUUCUAUUGGUGGUAAUGGAUCUAAUCCAGGACAACAUUGGUAUGAUAAACCGAUUAAUGCUAAGGAGUUGCCAAAUGCUGAUAACUUCAUUGCUGCUAAGCUGAAACCAGCUCAUAUCAUUCCCUUAAAAAACAAGAAGAUCUUCCCGGUGUACUUGCUUCCAUUAUCUUUUAAGAUUGACAGCGAUUCCAACAAAGAGGAAGACUACUUCUUCCAGUGUUUGAAUGAGACUGACUUGAACGAUUGGUUAAUGAAGUUGAGCUAUGCUAACAGACAUUGGUUCUUUUCAAGAUCCUUGAAUAUUAAAUCAUCGUCUGGAAACUUCACUACUUUCGGUAUCCCGUUGGGUGUCACAUGCAACAGACAAAAUACAUUUGUGCCUAAGUUUUUGCUUGAAAUAUUCAAAGCAAUUGAAGCCGAAGGUCUUAAGGAUGUUGGGGUCUACAGAAUCAGCACUUCACUAAGCGAGUUGACCAACUUGAAGUCUAUGAUUGACAAGGUUGGGUUCAUUGAUUUUGAAGAAAGAAGUUACGACACUCACGCUUUGACAAGCUGUGUAAAAUCUUACUUCAGGGAAUUACCAGAUGCUUUAUUGAAUGAUAAGGCCAUUGAGAAAUGUUAUGACUUAAGACAGAGCAUAGCUAAUGAAGAAAUUGAUAAGAUUGAAAUGAUCUUAAGAGCCAAAGAAAUCUUCAAGUCUUUGCCCAAGACCAAUUACGAAACUUUGAAGGCAUUGUUGAAGCAUUUGACCAAGGUUGAGGAGUUCAGUGAGUACAAUAAGAUGAAUCCCACCAACUUGGCCACGGUUAUCGGACCAGCGUUGACAGAAGCCAGUGGGCUAGAGGUUUUGGUAAACAGUUUUGGAUUUAUGAAUUUUGUUCUCGAGAGAAUUAUCAUCAAUUACCAAGAGAUUUUCGAGUUUACGCAUACCAUCACCGAUGCUGACCAAAAUUCCCAGGCUGAACCCCAGGUUUCUGCACCCGAAAAGGUUCAAACUUCCAAAGCUGACGUUAUUGAAAUCUCUGAACUGGCCAUUGAUGUUAGUGAGUUAAGAAAUGAAGAGCAAGUAGUCUAACUUUCGUCUGGAGACAUUUUAUAUACAGCUAGAUUGACACAUAAUAUAAUAUAUACAAGGGUAACUCAAAUCAACGUCUCUUGAUAAAGUUCUUAGUGGUGUCUUGUCUUCUUUUUUGCAUGGCCGCCAACUUUCUGUCCGAUUGUUGCAUCUUAGAAGUAGUAGUCUGCUGAGUGGUUUUAGAGAAAUCUUUCCACCAGUCACCUAAACUCUGAUUCUGAGCACCAGAUGCCGAUGGAGGUGGUUUCAGAAUGGGAGGCAUCUUGAAGAAUCUCCUGAAGUACUUGCUUCUCAACACGAUGGCCUGGAGAAAAGAAAAGGAAGCAUUGGCCGCAAAAUACAAAAGCACGGCUGCAGAAAACCCUUUAGUUACGAAAAUAGACAACACCGGAGCCAAGUAAAUGAACUUCUGCAUCACCGGACUCAUGUUCAUGGCACCAGUUUCCCCUCCUAUCUUAAAUUGUCCCAUGAUGAUCGUACCGGCUACUAUUUGCAACCCCAAGUAUGGAUCCACCUGUGUUAAAUCAGUAAACCAGGCAGUACCUUGUGUAGAAAACCCUUCAACUGGAUGGUUAGCCAUUUUUCUUAGUGCCUGAAAGAACCCAUAUGCAAAAGGAAUCUGAAUAAACGGAAGGAACCCAUGGCUCAUCUUAAUGCCGUGCUCUUUCAUCAACUUGGUUCUAGCAAACGAAGCUUCCGUUCUUUCUUGCAUGGUUUCUGCCACUCUCAUCUGCUGAGCAGUCGCAUCCAAUUGCGGCUUGAUCUUGGUCAUCUUUGCCGUGUUGGCAGAAGCUUUCAUGUACAAUGGGAACAUGAAAACUCUGGUUAUCACGGUUGCAGCAAGGAUGGUGCCCCACCAAGGUAAUCCCGUGUACACAUGGGUGAAUUCCAACAUUCUCUCAAUUAUAGCCGUGGGGCCGUAUCCCUCUCCCAUUCCUAUCGACUGUAAGUAUCCAAGCUGGUCAGAGGUCAUGGUGGAAGUGGUGAUAGCAUCUUCUGUGAACUGAGUGAGCUUAUUGGUGAUUUCUGAGGUUGGGGUUGUGGAGUUGAACCGAACUGGCGACAUUCCCGACCUAGCCAAACCAAUGGUGCCAGGACCGAUGUUGGACUUAGCGGCCGGAAAUGCCUUGAGCACUCCCGGGCGAAGUAAUGUGGAUCUGAACAUGCGGUUGGUGGUAGCGAUAGGCUGAAAAAUUUUCCUAC